AUGUCUAACAUCAAGGAUGAAAUCAAUUCACUUGAGGAUGCUGUUGAGUCUAAUGACAUUUCUAAACUUUUUAACAUUAAAUUUAAUGUUGAACAAUAUUCACAGCUUCCACCAAAAAUUGUGCUGACUUUACCUAGAUUUGCACCACAAAGAAUCCAAGGAGAAAAUGUUGAUCUAUUUGGAAACUUAUCAUCAAGUUCUAUAACAUCCGAUGAACAUGGCUACAGCAUGAAGACAAUACAGAAAUCACCAGAAGCUGGAUCCUCUCCUCCAGUCAAACAGCUGCUUGAUGAACCAGAGAUUGUCACCAUCAUAGACGCAAAGUAUAAAUAUUACAUUGACAAUGUGGCCUGUCUGAAUGAGGAAGAAAUCUGGACAAGUGGAGAUAUUAGCGUUAUGAAACUCUUCAGCAUCAAUCAGGGAUCAAUACUCAAAUCAAUCACAACCAAGUCAUCAUUUUCCCAAGCUCACAUAGCCGUGAAUCAAAGUGGGGGUCUCCUGUAUACCGAUCACAGGGACAGGACUGUGAACAUUGUGAAGAAUAAAGAUAUAGAAGAGGUAAUCAGACUAGAGAACUGGAGAAUUAACGGAGUUUGUAGCUCUUUUUCUGGUGACCUCCUGGUUAUCAUGUACAGUGAUGAUGACAACCAAUCAAAACUUGUUCGUUACUCUAAAUCCACAGAAAAGCAAAGCAUUCAGUUUGAUGAUGAUGGGAAACCUCUAUAUUCCUGUGGUCCUAGUAACAAAGACAUAAAUGAGAACAAGAACCUCGAUAUAACUGUGGCUGACUGGGGAGCAAAAAGAGUAGUAGUGGUCAAUAAAGCCGGGAAACUGAGAUUCAUGUACACUGGAAAUACCCCUGCUCCAAAAAACAAACCUUUCUUUCCACGAGGAAUCACCACAGACAGUCAGAGUCACAUCCUUACAAUUGAUUAUUAUAAUGAUUGUAUCCACAUUAUAGACCAGGAUGGAGUGUUUCUCCGUUAUUUAAACUGUAGAUUGAUUGAUCCCCAUGGACUGUGUACAGAUACAAAUGACAAUCUUUUUAUCGCUGAAUGUAGAAACAAACAAGUAAAGAAAAUAAAAUAUCAAAAGUGA